AUGCCAGGCUGUUCCGCCUCCACCGCUGCAUUCUCCUGCAUUUUCGUCCUUCUCGGCUGUCAGCGGAGCCAUCCUUUGGCUUCCGGAGCCACUGCCUCCUCGCGCCGACUGUCGGACACGAUAAAUAUUGGAUUCCUAGCUGAAUAUUCCCAGAUGCGCGUGACUCUGGGCGGACUGCCACUCGCCAUCGAGGAUGUGAACAAGAAUCCGAAUUUGCUGCCGGGUAAGAAGUUGGCCUUUAAACCGGUUGACAUUGGCCACAAAAUGAGCGCCUAUCGCGUGAAGCCUUUGAGGGCGAUGACACAGAUGAGGGAAAUGGGCGUGACCGCAUUCAUCGGUCCGGACGAGAGCUGCACCACGGAGGCUCUGCUGGCCUCUGCCUGGAACACUCCGAUGCUUUCCUUUAAAUGCUCCGACUCAAUUGUUUCGAACAAAAGUACCUUUCAUACCUUUGCACGAACCUUAGCUCCGGCCUCCAAGGUCUCCAAGAGUGUAAUCAGUCUACUGAACGCCUUUCAUUGGAACAAAUUCUCUAUAGUUGUCAGCUCGAAACCCAUCUGGGGCUCCGAUGUUGCUCGGGCGAUUCAGGAACUGGCGGAAGCAAGGAACUUUACCAUCAGCCAUUUUAAACAUAUAUCUGACUAUAUACCGACCACGAAGACACUUUCGCAGAUCGAUAAAAUUAUUGAAGAAACCUAUUCAACAACACGCAUCUAUGUGUUCAUUGGGGAGCAUAUUGCCAUGGUGGACUUUGUGCGGGGCCUCCAGAAUCGGCGGCUACUCGAGAGCGGGGAUUACAUCGUGGUGUCCGUGGACGACGAGAUCUACGACUCCAACCGAAGGGUUAACAUUAUGGAACGUAAUUAUUUAGAUCCUUAUAUUAGAAAAGAAAAGAGCAAAUCACUGGACAAAAUCUCAUUUCGUUCAGUUAUAAAAAUAAGCAUGACAUAUCCACAAAACCCCCAUAUUCGCGACAUUUGUUCAAAAAUAAAAGACUAUGCUCGAAAGACCCCGUUUCUGGUACCAUAUCAUCAACGUGUCUUUGACAACAUAUCGGUCCCCAUUUAUGGUCUGCAUCUUUACGACAGUGUUAUGAUCUAUGUUCGAGCUAUUACGGAAGUGUUGAAGCUGGGCGGUGAUGUAUACGACGGAAAUUUGGUAAUGAGCCACAUUUUUAACAGGUCCUAUCAUUCAAUACAAGGAUUUGAUGUCUACAUAGAUUCUAAUGGCGAUGCUGAGGGAAAUUACACAGUCAUAACUCUUCAAAACGAUGUGGGCAGUGGAACCUCUUCGGGUUCACUAGCCAAAAUGUCCAUGCAGCCAGUUGGGUUCUUUGCCUACGACAAGCACUCCCUAAUACCGGAGUUCCGAUACAUAAAGAACGAUAGACCCAUCCAGUGGCUAAAUGGCCGUCCUCCGCUUGCCGAACCCCUUUGUGGUUUUCAAGGCGAACUGUGUCCUCGAAAAAAGCUCGACUGGAGAUAUCUGGUAUCAGGUCCUUUGUGUGCCCUUGUCGUUGUGGUAGCCUUUGCCCUGUUGAUUAAGCAUUACCGCUACGAACAGACUUUGGCAGGUCUAUUGUGGAAGGUGGAUAUGAAGGAAGUUACAGUCAUUAAUCUCGGCGAAUACAACAAUCCCAGUAAUAAAAACAUUUUUCAAAUCUGCCGCCAAAGUAUUUUAGUGGUUGGUGAGCCAAACAAGAGGUCCUUCACAAAUAUAGCACUUUUCCGUGGAACUAUUGUGGCCAUGAAAAAGAUUCACAAGAAGAGCGUGGACAUCACUCGAUCUAUUCGCAAGGAAUUGAAACUAAUGCGAGAUGUGCGGCAUGAGAACAUUAUCAACUUCAUUGGAGCCUCCACCGAUCACGGAUCCGUAAUAUUAUUCACCACAUACUGCGCACGGGGCAGUCUGGAGGACGUGCUGGCCAACGAAGACCUCCAUUUGGAUCACAUGUUCAUCUCCUCACUCGUCUCCGACAUCCUGAAGGGCAUGAUCUAUUUGCACGACUCGGAGAUAAUAUCCCAUGGCAACCUGCGAUCCAGCAACUGCCUCAUCGACUCUCGCUGGGUCUGCCAAAUAUCUGACUUUGGACUGCACGAACUAAAGGCGGGCCAAGAAGAACCCAACAAAAGUGAACUGGAACUGAAACGUGCUCUCUGCAUGGCGCCGGAGCUUUUGAGGGACGCCUAUCGACCUGCACGAGGUUCGCAAAAAGGGGAUGUCUAUUCCUUUGGGAUUCUACUCUACGAGAUGAUUGGCCGCAAAGGUCCUUGGGGUGAUACGGCCUACUCAAAAGAGGAAAUAAUUCAGUUUGUCAAGUGUCCUGAACUAUUGCAACAUGGGGUAUUUCGUCCAGCUUUGACGCACACUCACUUGGAUAUACCGGACUACAUCCGGAAAUGUCUGUGCCAAUGCUGGGAUGAAGAUCCGGAGGUCAGACCCGAUAUCCGGCUGGUUCGCAUGCACUUAAAGGAACUACAGGCUGGCUUAAAACCAAAUAUUUUUGACAAUAUGCUAUCGAUAAUGGAGAAAUAUGCCUACAAUCUUGAGGGUCUUGUUCAGGAACGAACUAAUUUACUGUACGAAGAGAAGAAGAAAACCGACAUGCUCCUGUACCAGAUGCUGCCCAGACCUGUAGCUGAGCUUCUAAAGCGAGGAGACCCCGUAGAGGCCGAGUGCUUCGACUGCGUCACUAUUUUAUUCAGCGAUAUUGUGGGAUUCACCGAACUCUGCACCACGAGCACACCUUUUGAGGUGGUAGAAAUGCUAAACGACUGGUACACUUGUUGCGACUCGAUUAUUUCCAACUAUGAUGUCUAUAAGGUUGAGACAAUUGGCGAUGCUUAUAUGGUUGUAUCCGGAUUGCCAUUGCAAAAUGGAAGUCGCCAUGCAGGAGAGAUUGCCUCGUUGGCUCUUCACCUUCUAGAGACCGUGGGAAAUCUCAAAAUCCGACAUAAGCCCACCGAGACGGUUCAGCUGCGUAUUGGAGUUCACUCGGGUCCUUGUGCAGCAGGUGUUGUAGGACAGAAGAUGCCCAGAUAUUGCCUCUUCGGAGACACUGUGAACACAGCAUCUCGGAUGGAAAGCACCGGGGAUACGAUGAAGAUCCACAUUUCGGAGGCCACCUAUCAACUGCUCCAGCUAAUAGGCAGCUACUCCUGCAUCGAGAGGGGUCUGACCAGCAUUAAGGGCAAGGGCGACAUGCGAACAUACUGGCUGACCAAUCGUCAGCAAUCCGAGCUAACGCCGGAUCUCAUUAGCACCGUGGACACUUUGGAUACAUACUGCUCCGCCGGUAGGGACAAUAUGGACCAGUCGCUCCACCAAUAUUGCAGUCCGGCGCCGAAAAACUACAGACUUGGAUCCUGCAACUGUGACACCAAAUGUUUGUAUAGCCGUCGAUCUGAUGACAAUGUGACUAGUUCCCAUGGCACUUCAGAGUUCCCCAAGAUUAGUGAACCCACGCAGGUUAACUGCAAUCAAUUGUGUGUUUGUCGCUUGAACAGCAGCCAAGUGUUCAGUAAUCGAAGUCCUCGAUCUGCUCCCAGCAUCACAUUUAGACUUUAAGGAGUCAAUUAUAUUAUAUGUAAGAUCUUUGAUCGAUUCCAUUUGAGAUGUAGUGAAUAUCAGGCUAGAUUUAUGUACUGGCGUCCAUUAAUGUUUACGUAUUAUUAUGGAAUUAUAGUGACGAACUGAGUUUCUUAUGAUGCUACUGUACAUAUAUUUUUUAGUAUAUUUU